AUGAACCCCUACAAUCUAGAUCUUAUAUGCAAGAGCUCAAAAUUCUUCAAAGAUCAUCUCCAAAAACGUCGCAAACGCAUGUCCUCAACCGACGAAUGCUGCAUCUGUACCGAUGUCCUCGAUCCCGUCGUCAAAGACAUCUCUUUCUGCACCGACUGCGGCCAGAAUUUCCAUGAAUCAUGCAUAGAGAAUUGGAAGAAUUAUCGAAGCACCGCUAGGAGAAGGAACUCUCCAGCAAACUGUCCAAUGUGCCGUGCCAGCUGGAAGACGGACUCACCCCUGUCCAAUCUCGAUGUAGAGACUGAACUCGAUGUCGAGGCUGUGCAGAUUUAUUUGGACUGGGUAUACACAUCUGAAUUGAUGAUUCCGGCAAUCUCGCCAGAGUCUGAAGCUUACAAGCUCAUUAAGCUUAACCUCAUGGCUGUUGGCGAUGCCUUCAAAGACCGCAGGUUCAAGUCUCAAGUCCGGGAUCUAUUCUUCGUUCAACAGGACACAUUCUUUCGAAGGGAAAGCGCAAAUUUGGCUUCCGCGGAUCGGGAAGCCUACAAUGAGAUGCAGACGUUCUUAUGGCUGAUCGGCUCACAGUCCAAGUGA